AUGGUGUGCAAAGUGCAUAGUAUUAGCUGCAGCAGAAAGAAACCUGUACGUGUUCUACAUGAGUGGUAUGAGCCAGGCGAUCUUCUCAUUGGUGGGAUGACAGAUCUUAUACAUUACGCCUUCCCUGGAUUGUCAUUCACGGAGCAACCUUCCCCAGUACUGAUUGAAGACCCUCUAGUGGUGACAAAGUUCUACCAGCAUAUCCUAGCCUUGGUGUUCGCUGUUGAAGAGAUCAAUGAGAAUCCCAAUAUCUUGCUCAAUGUCACUCUGGGGUUCCACAUCCAUGAGAGCUACUGGGACCUAAAGAUGACCUACCGCAACACUCAGGAUCUGAUCCUUAACUCACAUAACUUUGUGCCCAACUACAAAUGUGGUAUCCAGGAAAAUGUAAUAGGAGUCAUCGGGGGACUGAGCGCUGAGACCUCCUCAACAAUGGCAGAUAUCUUAGGUCUUUACAAGAUUCCACAGAUUUCAUAUGGUUCAUUUCAACCAGAAUUGAAUGAUCAGUUGAAGUUCCCUUCUUUUUAUCGCAUAGUCCCCAAUGAAGCCUUUCAGUAUCAAGGGAUUGUUGAGUUACUUGUGCAUUUCAGAUGGAAAUGGGUAGGUCUGAUGGCUAUAGAUGAUGAAGCCGGAGAACAUUUUUUGCAGACCAUAGAGCCAAUGCUUCUGCAGAAUAAAAUCUGUUCAGCAUUCAUACGUCGAAUUCGUAAAAAUUUGCAUAAUUUCCUUGAUCCAGGAAAAGUAGUCAUAGAAACACAGGCAUUUUUACCAGCUUUUGCGCUCCACACAUCCCUUCAGAUGAUGUCAUUCAACAACAGUGCCGGAGAUGAAAUUGCAUUUAACAAACAUGGAGAAUUAGUAGGUGGAUUUGAUAUUAGGAACUUGGUGACCUUCCCAAAUGGAUCCUACAUCAGGGUCAAGGUCGGGAAGCUGGAUCCUCAGGCUCCUCCGGGCAAAGAGUUUUCCAUUAAUGAGGACAGAAUCAAAUGGCACUGGAACUUGACUCAGGUGCCACCCCCUUCAGUAUGUAAUGACCACUGCCAACCUGGUUACCGGAAGUUUAAAAAGGAGGGGGAGAAAUUUUGCUGUUAUGAUUGUGCUCCAUGUCCAGAUGGGAUGUUUUCUGAUGAGAUUGAUAUGGAAACUUGUGUCUCUUGUCCAAAUGAUCACUAUCCAAACAAAGAUCAGGAUCGAUGCAUUCCUAAGAUUCCAAACUUCCUGGCUUUUGAUGACACUUUGGGCAUUCUUCUAAUUUCCUUUGCGCUUUUGUUGUCUCUGACCACAGUUCUGGUGCUUGUCAUCUUCAUUAAAUGCCGGAACACUGCCAUAGUCAAGGCCAACAACAGAAGCCUAACCUACAUUCUUCUCAUCUCCCUCCUCUUGUGUUUCCUCUGCUCUUUCUUGUUUCUUGGAAGGCCUAAUGGGGUGACCUGUCUUCUGCGACAAACUGCUUUUGGCAUUGUCUUCUCUGUAGCCCUUUCUAGCAUCUUGGCCAAAACCAUCUCUGUGGUUUUGGCAUUCAUGGCUACUAAACCAGGAUCCAGGAUGAGGAAAUGGAUUGGUAAACGCUUGGCUUAUUCCGUAGUCAUCUCCUCCUCCAGUACUCAAGUAGGGAUUUGUAUUCUGUGGUUGGGAACCUUUCCACCAUUCCCAGAUGUGGACACACCCUCCGGGACUGAAGAAAUUGUAUUGCUAUGUAAUGAAGGCUCAAGCAUCAUGUUUUAUUGUGUCCUGGGCUACUUGGGCUUCCUGGCCUUUCUCAGCUUCACUGUAGCUUUCCUAGCCAGGAAGUUGCCUGACAGUUUUAAUGAAGCCAAGUUCAUCACUUUCAGUAUGUUGGUCUUUUGCAGUGUUUGGCUCUCUUUUGUUCCUACAUACCUGAGCACCAGAGGAAAACACAUGGUGGCUGUGGAGAUUUUCUCUAUCUUGGCUUCCAGUGCAGGGUUACUAGGAUGUAUCUUUUCCCCUAAAUGCUACAUUAUUGUUUUUAGGCCUGAGCUUAACAACAAAGAAAUUCUCAAAGAUAAUAGUCAAAUGCUCUGA